UCUCUCUCUCUCUCUCAAACUUUGUCCACCGAUCACAAUAGAGACUGUUCAUUGGGGAUGAUGACCACAGUAGACAACUUUGUCCCGUGAUUUCUCCUCUCCCCCGUGACCACUUCGACGCCACCGCGACAACUCCGCCGUGAUCUCCCGUGAACGCUCUCUCAAACUCUGGCUUCUUGGCUAUGACUGUGACCGCCGCCGUCCUUGCCUUCCGACAGUGCCGCAACCUCCUUCCUCUGACACCGCCUCGAACGAGCAACAAUGGAAGCCUAUUCUACUCAAGAAGUCAUCUUGUCGGAGGCCGCCUCCUCGAGCGAGCAAUAAUUGUCGAUAACAGUGCCUCUAGUUGAAAAGAAUUGUCGAAUGGAGGAUGGCCAAAUUAGUGAUGAUGGUAUUCCAUUUGAAGGGAAGGGGUUUCAGACAGACAAUGAUGCAUACAACUACUACAAUGCAUAUGCAAAGAAGAUUGGGUUUGGAAUUCGCAAAGAUACUUUUGAAAAAUCAAAGAAAGCUUCAAGAGAGAUUCUUUCCAGGACUUUUGUUUGCGAUAAAGCAGGCAGAAAGAGAGCAUCGACUGAAAAUGCAAGUGGAUUGACUAUCAAUCGUCGUCCAGAAACUAAAGUUGGUUGUGGUGCAAAAAUGAAGAUUAGGCUUAUUUCUUCAAAAGCUUGGAAGGUUACUAAGUUCAUUUCUGAGCAUGUUCAUCCUUUAACAAGCCCUGAUAAAGUAAUGCAUCAUCAUUCUCAUAAGCAGCGACAUCGGUCGAAGCAUUGCAUUAGCCUCAUUGAGUUGUUGCAUGAAGAGGGAAUGAAACCAUCUACUAUUAAAAAGGUGCUUAAUGUUGGAUAUCAAGGACAAGAUGCUGAACAAGUCACAACACAACAGAUGAUUGAUCAUAUCAGAAAGACAAGGCAAAGUAACAUUGGCUGUGAAUGUUUAAACAUCAUUAGACAUUUCCAAGAUAGAAAGGAAUCAGAUCCAGAUUUCUAUUUUGCUAUGGAGGUCGAUCACUUUGGCACACUGAGAAGUGUGUUUUGGGCCGAUGGUAGAGCUAGAGCCUCUUAUUUAAGUCUUGGAGAUGUGGUUGUGUUUGAUACCACAUACAAGACUAAUCAGUUGAGUAUGCCUUUUUCUCCAUUUACAGGAGUAAACCACCACCGCCAAUCCACCCUCUUCGGUUGUGCAUUGCUUGCAGACGAGCGAGAGGAAACCUUCGAGUGGUUGUUUUCGCAAUGGCUCAAGUGUAUGCAUGGGAUUGCACCAAAAGCUAUCAUAACUGAUCAGGAUGCACAGAUGAAAAAAGCUAUUAAGAGCAUUUUGCCAAAUACUCGUCAUCGCUUUUGUUAUUGGCAUGUUAGAAAGCAUAUUGCCGAGCAAAGUAAAGUUGAAGAGCCAAUACGGGGAUGAGAUGCCUACAUAUUUCAACAAUUGGUAUUCUGCUAAAAGUAUAAGCAAAUGUGAAGAGCGUUGGGAAGUCAUGAAGGUUAAAUUCAACAUAAAUGAAGGUGAAGAUAGUUGGCUGACAAGAAUGUAUAGCUUACGUGAACAUUGGGUAGAUGCGUACUUGAAGGACUGUUUUUGGGCGGGAAUGACAACAAGCCAAAGGAGUGAAAGCAUCAAUGCCUUUUUUGAUGGCUUUGUCAAUGCAAAUACCAGACUAGUUGAGUUCGUGGUUCAAUAUGACAAGGCAGUAACAUCUCGUCGUGCAUCAGAAUCUCAUGAAGACUUCAUGACUUUGAACACCGUGCCUACUAUGAGCUUCUCGAAUCCGAUUGAAGAGCAAGUUGGAAAUACAUACACUAGGGCGAUCUUGAAGAUGUUCCAAAGGGAGCUUGGUGAUGUGAUGUCAUUACAUCGUGAAGAAGUGUCGAAGGAUGAGUUAAAAGUUGUAUACUUGGUUGGUAAAUAUUUUGAAAACAAAGAGAAUUGGGAAGAAGUAACUUAUGAAAUAAAUAGUGAGCUUAACGUUGCAUGCACUUGUUCAUUUUGGGAAACCGAAGGGGUGCUUUGUAAGCAUAUUUUAAAUAUAUUGUGGCUAAACCAAGUGACUUCUAUUCCUGAAAGGUAUAUCUUGCCUAGAUGGAAAAUUGAUGCAAGGUAUAGAUAUUUUGGCUUUGUUAAUGCUAUAAAGUUGCAACAAAAUAAUGAUAGCAUGGAGCGGGGAAGUAUUAUCAGAUUAUGGGCUUUAAGAGGAAAUUUUAAUGAAGCACUUGAUAUGGCAGCGGGCUCGAAGGAUCUUCUCUCUAAGUUGGAGCAGCAAAUAUCAAACUUCCUUGAAGAAGCAAGGGAGGAAGCAAGGUGUAAUAUGACACAAACUCUAGAUUCUCAAGUUGAGAGCCAUGUAAAUUCAAAUACUCAUGUGCUUAUAUUGAAAGAUGGUGAGGAAAUUAUGGUUCGUGAUCCCCUCGGUCCUAUGAAACCAAAGGGACGUCCGAAAAAUUCAACUAGGACUAAAAGUGGCUUUGAAGAAUCGGAAAGGCAAAAGGAGGUGAGACAACGAAAAUGUGGUCAUUGUCAACAAUUAGGCCACUAUAGGACGGGUUGUCAAUUGUUGAAAAAGCAAAAGAGAUAGUUGCGAGAUGGUUUAUCAAUGCAAGUAUUUUGGAGCUCAAGAACAAUGUGGUGGUAAAUGAUGUGGUUGUUUAUUGACCAAUUUUGUUGUUUAUUGUCUAAUUUGGUUGUAUGAGCUUAUUAUUGUAAGGACUUAUUGACUAAUUGUGAUUGUAUAAAAGUAUUUGUAUGUUGUGGUUGUAUGGACUAAUUAGUUGGAUUAUGUACUAUUUUAAUUAUUGGAGUUA